UGAAGAGGACAAGAGGCUGCUCCUUAAGAGAUGGGGCAGCGAUCGCGGUGCUGAUGCUGGUACUGGUGCGGUUGCUGUCGUCGGUGGUCCCGGUUGGGGGUGGGAGGGGUUCAUGAGGGGAGGCGGAUGGCGGGUAGGGGUUGCGGUAAACGUGCUGGUGAUGUUUGUCGUCUUAAUCACGGGGUUUGUGUGUUUGCUAGUGGCCAUCUCCCGGGUGUCGCCAGAGGAGGGAAGGUCGGCUAUCUUCACGGGCGACUGUGGCACGGCGAGGGCGAUGGAUUGGGGGUUGCAUGCCGUGAUUAACGUGUUUGCGGCGGUCAUGGUCGCGGCCGCGAACUACACUUUCCAGGUCCUCAGCAGCCCAACGAGAGACGAGGUGAGCGCGGCGCAUUGGAGGAGGGACUGGUUGGAGAUCGGUGUCCCGUCACUUCGAAACUUGAGGCGUAUUCGGGGCAGUCGGGCGCUGUUGGCCAUUGUGGUUCUGGCGACUGCGCUUGUGACGCCAGUAAUGUAUAAUGCCGUAGUCUUUGUCUCGAAAACGGCGCCGGACUUCAAGGCGGCCAUGGUCGGCGAGUCAUUUCUCAGGGGCGCGACUCUGAGCGAUGAUAUUUCGAACAAUAAGGGGAGCGGGCUCAACCGUCCCGAACUCCUGGUCCUCCAGCAGCGGACAGCGAGAGGCGAGCUUGUCCGCCUCUCCACGCCUGCGUGUAUCGACCAGUUCAGCGGAGCUUUCGAGGCCGAGUACUCGGCCGUGCUCCUGGUCUCCAAGGAGCUCGAAGACAUGUCCCUCGCUCAGGGGUCGGACAUCAACCCCAUCAGCACCCCCGUUCCCGACCGCUCCUCCAUCCAAUACUGCCUCGCCCAGCGAGCCCCGGCUCCGACAUGCGAAGUCGAUCUGAACGCGCCCCUGCUGGGCUCUGUGGCCCUAGUCAAUUCGAUCGCCCUCGUGGCCGCCGUCGCCGUGCUGUUCAAGUGGCCGUCAUCGUUUCACCCUCUCGUCACCCUCGGUGAUGCCAUCUCCUCCUUCCUCCAGGACCCCGAUCCGACCACCCAGGGAGCCUGCCUCCUCUCCAAAACCGAUAUCUGGCACGGCCGCUGGCCGCUGACAACGGCCAAGUGCUGGGUGUCCCGGAAACACUACUGGCUGCGCAGCGUCCCCUUCCCCCUCUGGAUUGCCACCGCUACCGUCUGGGCCGUCUGCCUCGGCCUGCUCGCCGCGAGUCUGGCCCACGCGCUGAGCAUGGACCCUUCCGCGCGGCUUUCGCCGCCGGGUUCCGCCUCCCCACACGCGCUGCUGGCCCUCCCCAACACGGCCCCGGCGCGGGCGGGGACGGGGACCGGGGGGGCGCUCGUCGCGGCCCUCCCGCAGCUCCUCCUGGCGGCCCUCUACCUGACCGCGAACGCGCUGCUGACGAGCUACCACCUCUCGCACGAGUCCUCCCUCUUCGCCGCCGCCGCCGCCGCCCCGACCGCCUGGCCCCGCCCGCUGCGCGUCUCCUCCGCCGACCCCGCCGGCGCCCAGACGUCCUCCCUAUACCUGACCCUCCCGCACUCCGUCUCGGCCGUGCUCGUGUGCCUGUUCGCCGGCCUGUCGCUCGUGCUGAGCCAGAGCGUCUUCGCCGUUGUCGUGCGGCGCGUCGAGGCGCGCGUGUCGUCGUCGUCGUCGUCGCUGUCGUCGCCGGCAGGGAACGCUGCUGCUGCGGCUACGGCGCCGCCGAUUGUCGCGCUCGGGCUGAGCGGUGUCGGGUUGGUGGUGCUGCUCGCGGCGCUGGUCGGACUGGCGGCGGCGGUCCUGGGCAUGGGGCUGCGCCGCGCUCCGCCCGCGGGACCGGCGAAGGAAAAGACGCUGGGCAACCCGAUGGUGCUGCCCGGGGGCUCGUGCAGCGCGGUCAUCAGCGCGCGGUGCCACCCGCUGGCGAGGGAGAAAGGGCUGUGGAUGAAGCCGGUCAUGUGGGGGGUGGUGAGGGAGGACGGCGGGCCCUUAGGGAUCAGCCAUUGCGGGUUCACGGCGGGAAGGGCUGGGCCGCUGGAGGCGGGGAGGAGUUAUGCUUGAUCAUGUUCUACUUCUCUUGUUUGUCUUCUUAAGACU